GGCUGAAUUUUCUCCACUGGCUUGGGAACUGGCCUCUUCUCAGCACUCGCACUGCUGCCGGCUGGAGGACAGCUGAUCUGGGACUCCUCAAGGCGGAGUCCUUUCCAGACACAGCCGCCUCCACCCUCAACCGCACUCGUCUCUCUCGCGGCCGGUCUAGGACCACCAGGACCAAUUUCGGGGUUCUCCUUCUCCAGUGAGACUCGGCAGAACAGGCUUCAAGAGAAUCGGGGGCAGAGGACGAGUAAGAAGUAACCGCUAUUGCUGUGAAUUCCUUUGGACAAUUGAUGAUAUUUAUCAUUGUGCCCAGUUUCUAAAAAUAAAAGAUGGGUGGAUUAUUUUCUCGGUGGAAGACAAAACCGUCAACUGUAGAAGUUCUGGAAAAUAUAGAUAAGGAAAUUCAAGCAUUGGAAGAAUUUAGGGAAAAAAAUCAGAGAUUACAAAAAUUAUGGGUUGGAAGAUUAAUUCUCUACUCUUCAAUUCUCUAUCUGUUUACAUGUUUAAUUGUAUACUUGUGGUAUCUUCCUGAUGAAUUUACAGCAAGACUUGCCAUGACACUUCCAUUUUUUGCUUUCCCAUUGAUCAUCUGGAGCAUAAGAACAGUACUUAUUUUCUUCUUUUCCAAGAGAACAGAAAGAAAUAAUGAAGCAUUGGAUGAUUUAAAAUCCCAGAAGAAAAAAAUACUUGAAGAAGUCAUGGAAAAAGAAACUUAUAAAACGGCUAAAUUAAUUCUUGAAAGGUUUGACCCAGACUCAAAGAAAGCAAAGGAGUUUGAGCCGCCAUCUGCUGGAGCAGCUGUAACUGCAAGACCUGGACAAGAGAUUCGUCAGCGAACUGCAGCUCAGAGAAACCUUUCUCCAACACCAGCAAGCUCUGGCCAGGGCCCUUCUCCACAAGUUCCAGUAUCUCCUGGACCACCAAAGGACAGUUCAGCCCCUGGUGGACCCCCAGAAAGAACUGUUACUCCAGCUCUAUCAUCAAAUGUGUUACCAAGACGUCUUGGAUCCCCUGCUACUUCAGUGCCUGGAAUGGGUCUUCAUCCUCCAGGUCCACCUUUAGCAAGACCCAUUCUCCCCCGAGAGCGAGGUGCUCUGGAUAGAAUUGUUGAAUAUUUAGUUGGUGAUGGUCCACAGAACAGGUAUGCCCUUAUAUGUCAGCAGUGUUUUUCUCAUAAUGGAAUGGCUUUGAAAGAAGAAUUUGAAUACAUUGCUUUUCGAUGUGCCUACUGUUUUUUCUUGAAUCCUGCAAGAAAAACUAGACCUCAGGCUCCAAGACUUCCAGAGUUUAGUUUUGAGAAGAGGCAGGCAGUGGAAAGCUCAAGUUCGGUUGGUCCCUUGCCCUCAGGAAGUGUGAUUUCGUCAGAGAACCAGACCAGUGAAGAAUCUUUAGAAGAACAAGAUGUUCUUGAUAACAGUACAGAGCAGACAGAUCAGAAAAUAUCAGAUACAGAGCAGACAAACCAAGGGAUUGAAAAAAUUUCUGGCACAGAGGACCCAGAGGAGAGACAAGAGACCGAGAAUGAGGAGACCUCGGUGAAUGAAGCCAAAUCAACAGUUCCCAGAGUGGAUUCUAUUCCGAAUCCUGAACUCAGUGGAGAAUCUUUGAUGGCAGUGUAGUAAAUGCUUCCACGUGCCUUCCACUGGACAUUCGUAGACUUGUUGAUGUCAGUUACUGCUUUUUAGGUGCUGCUUUCUUUUUUUCCCCUCUAAGGAUGUGCUUGAUAUCAUUUGAAUUCAGAUUACUUAGCUAUUUCAAUAUGUCAGAAUUGUAGCUACUGGGUAUUAAAUUAAAGGCAAGUGAUAUCACUAAAGGAAGAUCCUUUGGAAUGUACAAAGACCCACACUGUAUAGCCAGCGUUUAGAUGUUUUCUUCCAUUCUAAAAGUAAACAAACAUAGCAUUCUUAUUUUCUCUAUGUGUGACCUGUAAAUAAUACCCAUUUUGACAUAGGAAGAACUUUGGUUAUGAGUAAGUUCUAAUAGUGUUCGUUUUAAGGAAUGAAACCCAAUUAAGAUUUUAAAUAAUUCAUUAUCAAAAAUGGAUAAAAUUUUAAUUCUUUAGAUAUUUUCCAGGGGGGGAAAAUGUCUAUUUAGGCAUUUACAUUAAGUGGUAUGAAAGUUACAAAUAACUAUAUAGGCAUUGGUACGAAUUCUCAGUAAGAAUGCAACCGAACAGUCAAGUGCAGUGUUUCUUUUUGAUGUUUCUUAUUUUGCAGCUGGGCCAAAGGCACAUGAUGUAUAUAAUUAGCUUAUGUUUACAUAUUAACAUAUAGGAAAUAUCUCUGCACUUGACUGUACUUGAAUUCUGAGCAUUAUUUAUACUUGUAAAAUAAUGGUGAUAUUAUAAGUGAAUUUUGUGCUCUUGUGUGUGUAUUGUUAAGGAAAAUAAAGAUGAUCUGGCAGCA